AUGCGGGCCUCUUAUGCAGAGUCCGAGCAUGACAUCGACAUCGUUGAACCUCCAGUCAUUCGCGCUGAUGGGAAACAUUCUAUCUCGACAGGGGCUAUGCUCAGAUUGUCUCUAUGGGUCUCUUUUUCAGCGUGGAUCGCGAACUUUGAUAAUGGAUACGUCGGCGUCGUGUUGAUCAUGCCUUCCUAUCAAAGGGCAUUUGGAACGUGCACUGAACUAUUGAACCCGAUGACCAACAAACCUGUCGACCACUGUUUGCUCACUCCCCUUCAACAAUCACUGUGCAUCAGCUUGAAUUUCCUAUUCAUUGGGAUAGGAGGCGGUGUUUCGGGCAUCUCAGGCAGAUACACCGGUCGCCGGGGCGCCAUCCAGAUCGGCUGCAUGCUUGCUAUCAUCGGUGCUGCUGGAAUGCUGGGCACAGGAGGAAGAGGAACUGGCAGUUUCGUGCACUACAUGGUUUGCAGGUGUAUCAGCGCCAUUGGGAUCGGUCAACUCAUCUCGGCGAGUGUUACCUACGGUUCAGAGUGCAUCGAUGCUAGCAAGCGCGGCAUUUCCCUGGCGCUCUACAAUGUCGGGCUUGCCUUGGGCAAUGUUGCUUCAGGCGCGGUGUGUGCGGGCUCUACUCAGUUUGAGCCACGAAACAACUGGCAGUGGAAGACACCUAUUCUAUGCCAGAUUCCGUUGGGAAUCAUUUUGGGUGCGGGCAUCCUCAUGUUCCCCGAGUCUCCACGAUGGAUUUUGAACAACGAUAAUACGAAAGAAGAUGAAGCACGAAAGGCUUUCAGCAUUUUGUAUCGCAUCCCUGCAGAUUCUCCUGAGAUUACGGUCCAGAUUGAAGACAUCAUGUCUCAUAUCAAAGAGGAGCGAGCUGCCGCGGCAACUAACUCAUGGUUUGAGAUCUACAAGUCGAGUCAAAUCCGCCGAACAUUAGCCUCUGCCUUGAUCAUGGUUGGGCUAUCUAUUACUGGAAUCCAGUUCGUGCAGCCAUAUGCAACUACCUUCCUGAAGGGUGUCGGUAUCAGCAACCCAUUCCUCAUCAACGUGAUAAUCGGGUUAUGCAUUCUGGCCGGAGCCUUGAUCGGGCCACUUGUUGUGGAAUAUGCCGGACGACGAGUUGCCAUUUUGACUGGCUACAGUGCUAUGGCAACAUGCAUGCUCAUUCUAUCUUCAAUCAACACAGCACUAGGAAGUGACGACCAGAUUGCAAAGAUGGUCGUUGUAAUUUUGCUCUGUCUAUGGGCCUUUAUAUUCGGCGGAACUAUUGCACCGAGUGCCGGCCUGGCUUCGGUGGAAAUGCACAGCGUUGCACUUCGCACAUACGGUCAAGCGAAUACCAUCUUCUUCUACGGCCUUUUCUCUUUCGGUGCGACUUUUUGGACGCCUUACAUGCUGGAUCCGGAUUACGGUAACAUGGGACCGAAUGUUGGAUACUUUUACGCUGGCGUGACUAUCAUCAUUGCCAUCUUGGUAUUCGUGCUUGUACCCGAGACUGCUACACUGUCUUUGGAGCAGAUCGACGAUCUUUUCUACUCGGGUGUGAAGCCGUGGAAAACAUCCCGGGCUGGGAAUCAGGAAAUCACGCGGCAGAUGAUUCAAGAGAAGGACCAGGAGAUGAAGAAGUAA